UAUUCAGUACAUAAAUUGAACUUAUAAAAUAAUGAGUAAUUAUAGCUAAAUUCCAAAUUACCGCACAAAUUUUGACAGUUCUCUAAAAAAACGUAAUGUUUGGCAACCCUCAGUUUAUUUUCAAAUGAGACAAAAUUUCAUUUAUUUAUAUUCUUCUGCUCAUUCUGUUUGUUUGCUUCGAUUGGUGAAGUCAGUCAAGUAUAUUUAGUGUAAUCGUGGAGCAUAAUAAGAAGUGGAAGCAUAAGAACGACGGAAAAACAAAGAAGAUAAUAUAAAAAAAUUUGGUUCAUUAAAAACAAACCAAAAAAAAUGUGUUAAUAAAAAUGUUAAAGUGAGAUAACUCAUAAGUUUAUUUAAAUAAGUCUUUCUGAUUAAAUAAAUUGAGAAAUUGAAGUGCGGAAUACGUGCGGUGUACAUCUUAUUCUUCCAUAUAAAGAAUUUUUAAUCUGUGUAUUUACGUCGAUUGUUGUUCUCCGUCCUUAACUUAUAUGAAGAUUGAAGGUAGUGGACGACGUGCCGUUAAGCAAAAUUCCUUAUAGAUUUAUAAAAUGCAACAAUUUUAAUAUAGCGACAAUAUUUAAUAAAUGAACUUUUAGAAGCGCAUCAGUGAAAUAUACAGGAACAAAAUGUUGGAACCACCGAAAUUUAUUGAUAAUGAUAAUUACGAUGGAAGUCGCUACUUCACUUGGCUGGCUGAUCUAUGUGGGCUGUCAGUUGAUUUGAUCAACUUUUUAAUAUGUCAAAUAUCCGCACUCUUCCUUGCAUCAUUGUUUCGUUCCAUUCUACAUCCUUCCAAAGUCUCUUCCGCUGUACGACACACAUUUGCUUUAACGCUUGGUUUGUUCUUUGGCUAUUUUUGCUUUGGACAACAGGCUAUACAUAUUGCAGGACUUCCAGCUGUAUGCUAUAUUGUAAUACGUACACAAAGCCCUAGAAUUGUACAGAGGAGUGUUAUGCUCGUUGCUAUGACAUAUCUACUGUGCAUACAUUUAAUAAGGCAAAUCUAUGAUUAUGGCUCAUAUUCUUUGGAUAUAACAGGCCCAUUAAUGAUAAUCACACAAAAAGUAACAAGCUUAGCAUUUAGUAUACAUGAUGGUUUUGUACGACAAAAUAAGGACUUAACAAAAGCACAACAAUAUCACGCCGUCUACAAGCUUCCAACUACGUUAGAAUACUUCUCAUAUGUAUUGCACUUCCAAGGUUUAAUGGCCGGGCCACUGGUCUUCUAUAAGGACUACAUAGAAUUUGUUGAAGGUUACAAUCUACUUAAACGGCCGCCAACAAAUGCUAAUUUGGAUAAUCGCAGAUCAGAGUAUGUGCUUGAACCAUCACCUACGAAAACGGUCGUCAAAAAGGUUAUCGGCAGUAUGGUGUGUGCGUUUAUUUUUAUGAAAUUCGUUAAAAUGUAUCCCGUCAAAAACAUGAAGGACGAUGAUUUUGUUGAGCACACUUCGAUAGCGUACAAAUUUUGGUACGCUAUGAUGGCAACGACUUGUAUUCGUUUUAAGUAUUAUCAUGCAUGGCUACUUGCCGAUGCUAUUUGUAAUAAUUCUGGUCUGGGUUUCACUGGUUACGAUAAGGAUGGCAAUUCAAAAUGGGAUUUAAUUUCAAAUAUUAAUGUAUUAUCAUUUGAGUUUGCCACAAAUAUGCGUGAUGCCAUUAAUAAUUGGAAUUGUGGUACAAACCGUUGGCUACGCACAAUCGUUUAUGAACGAGUUCCUAAAAAAUAUGGUACUAUAUUAACAUUUACAUUAAGUGCUGUUUGGCAUGGUUUCUAUCCUGGUUACUAUUUAACAUUUGCCACAGGCGCAGUUAUGGUAACAUCGGCACGUUUUGCACGUCGUAUGUUCCGUUACCGUUUCCAACAAACUCAAUUUAAUCGUAUGUUUUAUGAUAUUUUAACUUGUUUAACAACACGACUUGUAAUGGGUUAUACAACAUUCCCAUUCGUUCUGCUUGAAUUUAUGGGCAGCAUCAAUUUGUACCUGAAAUUUUAUUUGUGCCUUCAUUUAGUAGCACUCAGUACCAUGUUUAUUUUACCUACAUUUAUACGCGGUGAAAAACGCGUCUCGAAAUCAGUAAGUGAUGAAAAGCUUCAGAUAAGUGAAGACCUUUGUAAGGAAAUGGAUGGAGCUGAAAAUAGUAAAAAAGCUGUGAAUGCCAUUGCUAUUGCUAACGGCACCGUAAAUAUACCUCAUGAUAAAGAAAAUGAUCUCAGUGAUGAACUCACCAAACCUAAUCUAAAUACUAGUGCAUGUGCUCGCGAAGCUGUGAGCGUAAAGCAUGAUCAAUGUGAAAUGGAUCAAUUGUCUAGUAAAUUAAAAGAAAAAAUUGAAGCAGAGACCAAAAAUAUUGAGGAAUUUAUUGAUAAGACUGUAACUGAUACGGUAACCGGUAUAGUAGAAUUCAAGAAGGAUUUAAUGAGAGAUUGCGAGUAUCCUACACUCAUAUCACAAGAUGGAUUACGUAAACGCACUAAUGUAAAUGGUGAAUCUAAUACAAUGGAUGAGAGUAGCGCAUUCCUUAAGAAGGAAAUCGAAGUUAUCAAUGCAGUCGUUCAACAGGCAAAUGUUUUGCCAGCUGUCCUAAGCAAUGGUCACGCUAAAUAGUAAUAAAUGAAAGCGCAGAGCAGCCUCACUUAUGAUAAACAAAAAUAAACAAAAAUAUGAAUAAUGUUUAACAAUUUUUUUUAUGAAAUUGUUUAAAAACUCUCAUUUUGUAAUGGAAAUUAAAAAUAAACUAAACCAACACCCAACAGCAGUUUUACACUACAAAGCACGCACACAUUUUACUAUUUAUUAUGUAUUUAAAUUAUUAUUUAUUUUUAAGUCAAAUUCAGCAAAAUAUUUUUAUAUACCUAUUCUGUAAUACUCUUGCUUUCAACAAAAUUUAAAAUGUAUGUUUUUUUUAUUAAAUAUUAACAGAUUCUAUGUUAUCAUGUUAUAUAUCAACAAAAGGUUCGCUUUUAAAAAAAUGUAUUGUUAUUAUUCGUAAAAAGAAAACGGUUUGUCGGAUUUAUAAAUGUAUACAAAAUAAUUUGCACAAUUGUAUGCCGCCAAUUUAUAUAUAAAAAUAUAUAUUUUUUUCUAUAUUUACAUUAUAUUUAAAUUCGUCAUUUACACUUACUAUCAUUAUAUCAGAGAUGAAAAAUGUUGCACAAAUCUUCCAAUAAAGCAACUGGCGGUAUUCGAUGUUUUAAUGCCAAAAAAAAAACAAAAUUGUAUUAAAUUAUGAAAACAAAUUUUCUUUUCAUAUUGUAAGAAUGAAAGAUAUAGUUUAGGUCAAGAAAAAAAAAA